CAGUCGCCGCCGUUCUGCUUCCGGGUCGGCAGCGCUCCCCUCCGCCGUCCCUUGCGAACGGCCCGCUGUGCCGUGGGUCCCGGCGUGGUGCUGGUGUGGUCCUGGUGGUCCCCGGUGCCGCUCAGCGCCCUGCUCUGCCCGCAGCACCCACCAUGAGGCUGUACAGCCUGAGUGUGCUAUACAAGGGCGAGACCCGCGUGCAGCUGCUGAAGGCCGCCUCCGACGUCUCCACCUUCAACUUCUUCCAGCGGUCCAGCGUGCAGGAAUUCAUGACCUUCACCAGCCAGCUGAUCGUGGAGCGCUCGGAGCUGGGCAGCAGGGCCUCGGUCAAGGAGCAAGACUACCUGUGCCACGUGUACGUGCGCAGUGACGGGCUGGCCGGCGUGGUGAUCGCCGACAACGAAUACCCGUCACGGGUGUGCUUCACUUUGCUGGACAAGGUCCUGGAGGAGUUCUCCAGGCAGGUGAGCAGGGCAGACUGGCCCUCGGGGUCUCCUGCCACCAUCAGCUACGCAGCUCUGGACGGAUACCUCAGCAAAUACCAGAACCCCCGCGAUGCCGACCCGAUGACCAGAGUGCAGGCGGAGCUGGACGAGACCAAAAUCAUCCUGCACAACACUAUGGAGUCGCUGCUGGAGCGAGGGGAGAAGCUGGAUGAUCUGGUGUCCAAAUCAGAGGUGCUUGGGGUGCAGUCCAAAGCCUUCUACAAAACUGCCCGAAAGCAGAACUCGUGCUGUGAGAUUAUGUGACCCGGAGCCAGGGGUCUCCUGCUCCGGCCCACCGGGGCCUUCGCUCCCGUUCAGAUGUCGGCCGCUCCCAGGACUGAAAGCAGAACCCCGUGGGCUCCUGGGCCGUGCUGCAGCCUUACCCAAAAACUGGGCUCCGGGGGAGCAGCGGGAGCGCGCCGUGCCCUGCCAUGACGCCUGUCACACCAGCGAGUGCCUCGGCCGUGGGGAUGGGGGGAGAGGAGCUGGGCCCCCCUGCAGGGCCUGGGGCCGUGCGGGGAGCGGGGGGGGCUUUUAUGGGGCUGCUGCAGGGGGUGGGUGGGGAGGGAAGGGAAGGGAAGGGAGAUGGCUCGCUCUGGUCUGCGGCGGCUCAGUGCUGCGUUCUGUCCCCUUCCUCCGGCAGAACCAGGGGCUGUGGGCGGCACCGCGCGGGACCCCAUCCCCUGCAACAGUGGUGCUGCUGGGGGCUGUCACCUUCGGGAUGGCUCCGAGCCCCCAUUUACUGCCCGUCCUCUGGGGACAGGUUCGGGGCGUGGGGAACUGGCGGGGACGGGCACGGGGCUCCCCACUCCCUGCCCCACGGCAGCCGGGGGGGGUCUCGGCCUCUAGCCCCCCUCCUGGGGAAGGGCCAAGCUUUCGCUCGGGGCUGUAGUGUGAUCGGUGUUGCCUGUUGUUUCCGUGCUGCCGCCCGCGGCCGAUAAAGUUGUCUUUGGCGGUUGUA